AUGGGACAGAAAUUUAGUGAUUUGAAAGGAAUUUUUGGUAUAAUGGAAGAAAAAGAUGUUAAUGAAAUACAUAUUUCUGUGGAAAGUGUAGGUGUGUGCCUUAAUAAUACUGCAUCUAAUUCUGUUGCUUGUGGUGGGAUCCGUGAUAGUAAUGGUAACUCAGAACAGAAUAGAGGUUUAAAUGAAAGAUUUGAAAGGAUUUAUAUUAGCUCUGAGCUUCGACAACAGGAGCAAAAUGGUAAUAUUAUAGAUCCGGGGGCUAGCUGUUCCACACAUCAACCUAACAGUUCACCUCCAACUAUCUUACUUGAAAAUAAGAAAUCGAAAAGAACAAAAAGAUCUAAGAAUAAAGAAUCAGCCUCUGGUAGUGGUAAGAAAAAGCGACCCCAUUGGGUUUUAAGGUUCAAUUGUGCUAGACUUAAGAGUGGAAGCAAUAGCAGUGGUGGAAGUUCUGAGCCUGAUAUAGCAGAACCUAAUAUAGGAUUAGAGUCAUGUGUUUGUACUGGUUACAGAAGAACUGAAGAUCAUCACUUAGGUGCUGGAGUAGUUUUUGAGACAACUCAAGGUCAAUAUUCUGGAAUGAGCAGUGAAUCGGAUGAUGAAUUUCAAAAUCACUUUGAAAAGUUAACUACUGAUGAAUAUUCAUUAGAAGAUUGUGAUGAGCGUGCUAGACUGGAAAGAGCUCGAGAGAUGGCUGAAGGUGUGGACCCUCCUCCUGGAUUCAGACCAGCCCAGCAUAUUCAGUUAGUUUGCCCCCAAGAUAUGAACAUUGACAGUUUGACAGCUCUCCUUCAUUCUGCUGCACUUUCUGCUUUAUCUCAGCUUGAUUGUCAAAGGGUUAUUCAUACACAGGUUGACUAUAUUCAUUGCCUUGUCCCUGAUCUGCUCCAGAUCACUAUCUGUUCUUUUUACUGGGGUAAAAUGGAUCGUUAUGAAGCAGAGCGGUUGCUAGAAGGUAAACCAGAAGGAACAUUUUUGUUAAGAGAUUCUGCCCAAGAAGAAUAUCUGUUUUCUGUAAGUUUCAGAAAGUAUGGACGGUCAUUGCAUGCUAGAAUUGAGCAAUGGAAACAUCUGUUCAGUUUUGAUUCACACGAUCCUGGUGUGUAUUCUUCACCAACAGUUUGUGGCCUCAUUGAGCAUUAUAAAGACCCAUCUUGUUGUAUGUUUUUUGAACCGAUGCUCACUAUUCCUUUACACAGAAAUUUCGCUUUUCCAUUACAACAUCUUGCUAGGGCUGUUAUAUGCAGUAAAAUAUCUUAUGAUGGAAUAAGUCAGCUAAAACUUCCGAAAGCUCUUAAAAGUUAUCUAAAGGAAUAUCAUUACAAACAGCGGGUUAAGGAAGGUCCGUGGCUCCGCCUCAAAAUAAAUUUAAGUACGAUCAGGCCGGAUUUGAACGAGCGUCGCUAG